UUAUGGCUAUUUUGAGACUUGGACUACCCCUACCCUGCCAGUAUUGCUGGCCGCGAGAUGGCCAGACCAAUUGUGAUAAAGGACCCCGGGAUUGUGUACAAAUGAUGGGUCUGACGGACGCGUCCAUAAAUAAUAUUCGGGAAAAUCGCGUUUACUCCUGUACAGUACGAAUUUUAGGGAUACAAUUAGAAGGCAUCACAGUGAGAAACCGCCAAGGGACUGAAUGUAAAUGUAAGUUAAGUCAUCUUUUAUCAAAACCUUUAAACAUGUAUUAUGGAAGGAAAAAGAAGUGUUUCAUGAAAUUUAUACAACAUUGAAUUUGAAUCAAUAUCCUUUGUUAUUUACACCCAUAUUUGUAAUUGUUACUGUUGCUUUCAUCCAUAUUAUUUGUAAUUGUUACUGUUGCUAUUUAACACUGAGGGGUAAAAAAGAAUUAUCUAAGAGAUCGGGUUUGAAAUGCAUAUGUGAAAUAUGUGUUUUGAUAUGGUCCCUGUCAAAAAUGUUACUCGCGUGAAACGUUUACCGGAAGUAAACAUUGGAAUGGAAUUUUCAUUUAUACUUGUAGAUGAUCAAGUGACGAAGACCGAACAAACCUCUGCAGUGAUAAAUCAAGGUAAAACAGCUCAGGCAGUUGCCACAACAAGGUCGACAACUUUACUGCCAAAGGAAUCUGUGGACACAACAAAUCCUGCAUUGACUCAAGCAGGUGAAACAGUUGAAGGGACAGUAACGGUGAGGGAAAAUCCGGGUGACUUAUCUGGGGUCACAACAACAAGUCCUGCUUUGACUCGAGGUGAAACGGCUAAAGGGAGAGUUAUGUCAGUUGCAAUGGUGAGGUUGACUACCUUGUUGACUUCUACUUCAAAACAACAACAACAGGGAAAUCAGGGUGACUUGUCUGUGGUUACAACAAGUCCUGCUUUGACUCGAGGUGUACGUACUGGUGAUGAUGAUGAUGAUAAUGUCUUUGGUGAUUCUGAAACUAAAGGUUUCUUUGCCUGAGCUACUGUUACAACAAUAGCAAUUAUUGUUAUUGUUGUCAAACGAUUGUUGCUUGACAAAAUCAGAUGUAGAUGUAGAGGACACGUCCUACCACCGCCGCCACCACAAAUACCUGCGCCACAAGAUUUCCCUAAUGCAAUGAGGAUGAACACACUAAACACCCCCCCCCCCCUUCACAGGCCGCAACCCCAAGCACUAUGGCAUUUUCUACCCCAGACACAAGCACUUCCAUGUCGACAAGGCCACUCAUAACCCCCGAGCAUGAACCAAUAGCUAGUCGCACGAGGUCUAAGACCCCUAGAAAACUUAGUUUGUAAAUACAUGUAUAACACUUUUUCGACUCAGCUUUCCAUCGUAAAUACUUUUAAUAGAAAGUGUUUUACAUUUUGACAAUAAAUGUGUUUCUAUAGUAGGUAGAAUUUUUGUGGAUUAAACAUUUUAUGUAAAUAUGAAACGAGUAAUUUUGAGUUGGGUAAGAUGUUUUUUAUAACUCAAGGUUGUAAUGUCAUUUAAGUAAUGAUGUGGGGUUUUUUUUGUUUUUUUUUUUUAUUGUUUACUGGGUAACUUUUAAUCCUUGAUGACUUGUAUGGAUUUUAUGGUGUUCUUGCUUAACUUUUUUCUCAAUGUAUAGUGAUCAUUGAACAUCUUUUGUCUAUUUGCUAAAUCCUUUGUCAAAAAGCCACUGUAUUUUACCAUGGUGACAUUUCUUUUAAA